AUGAAUACAACAUAUAUAGCGGAUGAUAAUAUUAGUAAUAAUAGUAUUACCAAUAACAAUGAUAGUAUAAAGGCAAUCAAGAAAAAUACAUUUUCACCACCACAAACACCUAAGACGCCAAAUUUUUUAAAUCCCUCGGAACAUCAUCCUCUUUCAUUAAUAACAAUGGCAUCGAAAAUGCCACAAACGGCAAUUAUAUCAUCAUUAUUACACCAACAAUUGUAUCAUAGCCCAAUUGAAGAUCUUCAUCACCAGCAAUUUUCUUUGCAAAUGUCCAGAGCAGAUAAUUCCAUUGAUUUAGACAAUGGUCAAAGUUCAUUAGUAAUAAAUCAGCCUGAUCAUUUACAACAGCAGCUGAUGUUCACACAAGAUGAAUUUCAACAAUUUCCUUCAGAGCUCUCACAAGAUGACUGGAACUCUCAAUUAUUUAAUUAUAUCAAUGGUAGUAAUGCCAAUAAUGAUGGUUAUUAUGUCCAAAACUUUAUGAAUUUGUUCGCGGCAGCAAAUCCAUUUCCAUUGGAUUUCUCACAAUUAAAUGAUUACAAUUGA